AUGCAAUCCUUUCGCAACGUUCAAAACAAAGAUGAAUCGGGUGCAUCAUCGGUGAACCAUGCAGCCACCCCAUUUCGCUCCCUCUCAACAUGCAACCGGACUAGUCGCACCUCCCCAUCAACAAACCGACCGGUUCAACGAUCCGCCUCUGCGAGAUUGGCUCGUCAAAACACCUCACGCGAGGUGAUGCUUAAUGAUAUCGUUGGUAAUGGAAUAUCCGGUAUUCUACAUAAGUGGGUUAACUACGGUCGAGGGUGGCGGCCUCGUUGGUUUGUCCUCCACGACGGUGUUUUAUCCUAUUACAAAAUUCAUGGUCCUGAUAAACUCAUUCUCAACCGUGAUGUUGAAAAUCAAUCUAAAGUUAUUGGCGAUGAGUCCCUUCGCCGUAUCGCUAGCAACCGCAAUUGUCCCUCCCGCAACCGCAAACCCGUCAGUGAAAUCCACCUCACGGUGUGUUCUGUGCGUGAGAACAAAACAGAUGAAAAGAGGUUUUGUAUAUGCACUGGGACAAAGAAGAGAAUACAUUUAAGAGCAGAGAGUAAAGAUGACAGAGCAAAGUGGAUGGAGGCAAUGAUGGCAGUGAAAAGCAUGUAUCCUAGAUUACCAACAACUACAGAUGUUUUGUCUCCUUCAGCUUCUGUAGUGAUUUCCACUGACAAGUUAAGGCAAAGGCUUGUGCAAGAGGGUGUGAAUGAAGUUUCAAUUCGUGAAUGUGAAGAUAUAAUGAGAGCAGAGUUAUUUCAGUUACAUACUUAUAUUGUUGCUCUUAAGCAGAAACAAUUGUUACUCACUGACACACUUCGUAAUUUAGAGACAGAGAAGGUUGACUUGGAGAACACGCUUGUUGAAGACCAAAAACAAUACAAGGAUGAAGGAGAUUCCUAUCUAUCAACACAAGAAGAAAGUGAUGGAAGUGGAAGUGAAUAUUCAGAUGAGCAAAAUAGGAAUGAUCAAUCCGACGACGAUGAGAGUGAUGCAUUCUUCGAUACAUACGAAAUUCUUUCAUCUGAUCAUUUGAGAUCCAACCAAGAAGAAUCUGAAAGUGAAGAGACAUCUAAUCCAACAAGAAAAUGUGAUUCAAAAUCUCCUAAUGAAUUUAACUAUCCUUAUAUCAAUAGAAGAAAGAAGUUGCCUGAUCCUAGUGAGAAAGAAACUGGAAUUAGUUUAUGGUCAAUAAUAAAAGACAAUAUUGGAAAAGAUCUUACAAAAGUUUGUCUUCCAGUUUAUUUUAAUGAACCAAUCUCAUCAUUGCAAAAAUGUUUUGAAGAUUUGGAAUAUUCUCAUCUUCUAGAUCAAGCAUAUGAAUGUGGUAAAAGGGGUGACAAUCUAAUGAGGAUACUCUAUCUGGCUGCAUUUGCAGUUUCAGGGUAUGCUAACACUAGUGGUAGAAGUUGCAAACCAUUUAAUCCAUUAUUGGGUGAGACAUAUGAGGCAGAUUAUCCAGACAAAGGUCUACGUUUUAUCUCUGAAAAGGUCAGUCACCAUCCUAUGGUUGUAGCAUGUCAUUGUGAGGGUCGUGGUUGGAAAUUUUGGGGUGAUAGUAUUUUAAAAAGUAAAUUUUGGGGUCGUUCAAUUCAGCUUGAUCCUAUUGGUAUUUUGACUGUGGAGUUUGAUGAUGGAGAAGUCUUCUAUUGGAGUAAGGUGACAACAUCCAUUUACAAUCUCAUUUUAGGAAAACUCUAUUGUGACCAUUAUGGUACAAUGAGAAUAGAGGGAAAUCGUGAGUAUUCAUGUAAGGUCAAAUUCAAGGAGCAAUCGAUUAUUGAUAGAAAUCCUCAUCAGGUUCAUGGUACAGUGGAAGAUAAGAAGGGGAAAACAGCAGCUACUCUAUUUGGAAAAUGGGAUGAUAGCUUGCAUUAUAUAAUUGGAGGACAUUCUGGAAAAGGGAAAGGGUCUAAUAAGUCAUCAAAACCACAUAUGUUGUGGAAGAAAAACCAAUUACCAGAGCAACAAACAAGAUAUAACCUUACAGAAUUUGCUCUUACACUAAAUGAACUCACCUCUGGUCUAAAGGAGAAGUUGCCACCAACUGAUUCAAGGCUAAGGCCUGACCAAAGAUGUUUGGAGAAUGGACAAUAUGAAAAGGCCAAUUCUGAAAAAUUGCGGUUGGAACAAAGACAACGACAGGCACGAAAGAUGCAAGAGAAAGGUUGGAAACCAAAGUGGUUUGCCAAGGAAAAAGGCAGUAAUAGUUAUCGUUAUAUUGGUGGAUAUUGGGAGACUAGAGAAAAGGGGAAUUGGGGAUCUUGUCCUGACAUUUUUGGCCAAUUCUCAAAUGAUAUUGAUCAAGAAUCUAAAUUAAGCUCAUAA